UGCUGGAACGCACGGUGUCGCGUUAGUGUGACGUACGAAGAAGCGCCUGUCAGCGCUACUGUUCCUGGAGGAUGUUUAGGAAACCGAACCGCAAUCUGCGUGUGCGAAGAGCAGCAGCGGCCAGCGAUGAGGAAGCGGGAGAGGAGGAAGAGGAGGAGGUGCACAACCUGGCAAAGGUCUCACGGAGGGCCGUAGGACGCGGUCUGACCUGCGGGAGUAAGAGGUGGAAGGAAGCGGCAGAGACCUCGUCCAGUGAGGGGGAGCAGCCGGAGGAUAAUGCUUCGGAUGACGGCAUUACUGCGGAGCCCGACCGGCUAUACCUGGCUGUAGCCCCAGCCAACAAGCUCAGCUUCACCGUGGAGAGGGAAGGUGAAGAGGUGUCCUUUAAGAUCAGGAAGCCAGCUGUAAAUGCUGUGGUAUUUAAAGUGCAGAGGAAGGCAGAAGAUAUUGACCAUGCAAGCAAGCCACGGGACAUCGGUUUGGGAGAUGACAGCGGUUCAGCGUCGGAGCACAGUGAGAAUGAAGACAUUGAUCGGUUAAAGAAUGACGAUUCUCCCUUCACUGAGGGCAGCAGUCCACCUACUUCUCCCCAGAUGUUGUUGGCAGCUCAGUUGGAACAAGAACCAUGCGCAGAUGAAAUCCCAGAUUCCAAGCAGAUCCGAGCAGCUCGCAAGCAACGGAAACUGGCCCGAGCCCAAGGAAAUUACAUAUCAAUCAAUACAGCUCACGAGGGAUCAGAUUCUUCUCAGUCAGAAAGUGAUGAUGAGCUGGACGAUCACGAGAGAAGAAUCAGAUUUGCCCCAGGGAUGAAAACCCUUAAAGAGCGGAUGACUGAGGAGAUGUCGCCUUCCAGAGACUCUGACAGCGAGGGCCGGGAAGGUGAUGACUUGCAGGACAGGUGGGAGGAGCAGCAAAUAAGGAAAGGAGUCAAACGCCCACAGACUAUGAAUGAGGCUCUCUUACACGGCCAGAGUCCGCCAAGUGUGAAGAAGCAUGUCCAGCCACAGUUUUCUGUGCUACUAGUGACUGUUGAAGAUAUCAAACAGAAACUGAACACAAGAAUUGCCUCCAUUCAGGAGGUCCAUCGAUCGCACGUGGCAGAAAGUGAAAAAUACAGUCGUGACCUUGAGGAUUCGAAGAAUUCCCUUCAGAUGCUGGAGAAGUCAUCUAGUGAUCAGUGCUACAAAUUUUUGAAGGAGAUGAAAAUAUACGUGGAAAACUUUGUCGAUUGCCUCAAUGAGAAGAUAGUACAAAUUAAAGAACUGGAGUCGGAAAUGUUCCAGAUCUUGGUGGAUCGCACAAGAACUCUGGUACAGCGCAGGCAGGACGACCUCCGGGUAGAGUCUGCUGCAAUUCAGAAGCUUUCUGGAAGUAUAACAGUGAGUGACACAGAGACAGCAGAUGAGGUCGCACAGCGGCAACUGCAGGAUAUUGAACUACGGAGGAGGAGAAGGAGACAGGAACGGGAGGAUUCUGGCCAGAAAGACCACCAUGAAGGAAUGUCUAGUGAUGAUGAGCAGGCCGACGACCAACAGACUGAUUUCCGGAUAAGCCGAGAAGACAUCCUGCACCAAUGUAAAGCCAUCUUUGAAGACGUGCAUGAAGACUUCUUUCAGCUGAAAAACAUUCUGUCCAAGUUCCAUGCGUGGAGGAAACAGUACCCCGAGUCUUAUUAUGACGCGUAUAUCAACUUAUGUCUCCACAAGCUGCUCAGCCCGCUGGUCCAGAUGCAGCUGAUAGGCUGGAACCCCCUGGAGGACAACAUUGAGCUAGACCAGAUGCCAUGGUACUGUCACCUGGAAGAGUUCUGCUUCCCCAGGGAUGUGCAUGAGGACAGCGCAGAGGCCAAUCCUGAUCAUAAAGUGCUGGCAGCUGUCAUUGAGAAGACUGUAAUCCCUUUAGUUUCAGGCUAUGUGGAGCACGUGUGGGAUCCAAUGUCCUCUGGUCAAACCGACGGACUGGUGCAAUUCUGCAAGACUCAUGUACUGGAGAAUGACUCCAGCAAGGCGGUGCAGGGUCUUGUCAGCUGUCUGGUUUCAAGGUUAAAGAAAGCUAUAGAAGAUGAUGUAUAUAUCCCUAUCUACCCCAAAAGAUUAUUAGAAGACAGAGCUUCUCCCCAGUGUCAGUUCCAGGACAGACGGUUUUGGUCGGCUGUAAAGUUGUUGCGCAAUGUCCUGUGUUGGGACGGGUUUCUGGAGGAAGAAACGUUACAAGAGCUAGGCCUGGACAAACUGCUGAACCGUUACCUUCUGCUGAUACUUCUCAAUGCAGAGCCAGACUCUAGGAUGGUGGAGAAAUGCUACAAGAUAAUAGAGUGUUUGCCCCAGAGCUGGUUCAAGGGCCUUGGCAAUGGGUCAUCUCUUGCACGGAUCGCAAAUUUCAGCAAACACUUGGUACAGUCCAUCCAUGCACUGCACAAACUGGAUGACAGGAACAACAUGGAGGUUCUUGCGUCACUGCUUAUGAAGAUCAAAGCUCAGAACUACGCAGAGGAAGUUAUCGCUCAAUACAAUAUGGAAGGACAAAGAGCAGCCGAAUGACCAGAACGAUUCUCCGCUGUUCAGAACCAGCAGUAUCUAUACUCUUCUUCCAGCAGACAAUCCCUCAUGUGUCAGACAGAGCAGACGCACUGGGUCAUAUGAACUGUUUUUAAUGUCUGCUCCCAGAGACUCCUUAAUGUGUUGUUUACAAGACGUUUCCUUCCUGGCUUAGUCACAAAGGCGCAUUUCCUCCCCAUCCUGCGAGCUGUGACCUUUUCUAUUGAGUCACUAAUACUUUGGGCAAAACUAUAAAAAGAGCUUUUGCAACAAACUGGACCUACAAAGUAUUUUGGUGCACUUGACAUUUUUACUCUCCACUUUGUAACUAAUAAAAAACAAAACAAAAACA